UUUUCUUGGAUGGCGCAAAUGCGAAAUUGGGUUCCUCCAUGAACGACCUUUUGCGAAGCUUAUCCAUUUGGGGUGCGCUCGACGUUCCGGCGCUCCGGAAUUUGCGUGGCUAUGGCUUCGUCGGGUCAAUCGUCGCCGUCCAUCUCCCUGCUCCGCCUCACUGUUUGGUCAGUGUGUUGAUACUGUGGGUCCUUGAGGAAUGGAGUGUUGUAAUAAAACUGAUGCCCUUAGGGCAAAAGAAAUGGCAGAAAGGAAGUUGACAGAAAAGGACUUUGUUGGAGCUCAAGAAUUGGCUUUGAGGGCUCAAACUAUGUUUGCAGGCCUUGAUGGUCUCUCCAAACUACUCGAAGUGAUCAAUAUCCAUGUGAGGUCUCAGAGAAAGAUCAAUGGCGAAGUUGAUUGGUAUGCAGUCUUUGGUGUAGAUUCUUCGGUGGGCGAUGAAGCACUGAGGAGGCGUUAUAGAAAGAUGGAGCAUUUGCGAUUGUUACUGAAGCCUGGAGUAUAUUAUCUGACAAGGCUAAGAGAGCUAGCUAUGACCAGAGACGUGGUCCAAGGAAUGUUUUAAACGGGAACCCUUCAAUGGA